UGAUUAUUCUUCAUAAUCAAAAAACACUUUAUAUUUUCAAAUUUCCGAAAGCAAAAUGCCUAACCUUUGUGUUUCGUGCCACUUCAACCCGCCCGUCAUUACCAUUCUCGGCGCGCCUCUUCGUGAGGAUACCAUCCGUGCGUUGGAGAGUCAACUACCCCUUGUGACCUCGACGGCUGUGGUUCCGAACAAAGAACUACCUAGGUUCACCUUUAUCCAAAAGCCCGAUCACUGGAAGAUUGAAUUGCAGCAGCACUACUGCGACGAACUCCACAAAUCUGCGAUGUUUAUCACAUUUAUUGAGGCCCUGAAGCAAGAGGGAUGGAUGAUUCGAGCCUCGAACUCUGUUGGAGACGGUGAGGGGGACACCACCAAACUGUUCUUCAAUCGUUCGUAAGAUAGAAAAGGAAAGCGGUUAGCGUAUGUACAUUUUUUAAAUAUUCACGGAUGUUUGUUUCUUAUUUUCCUUCUCUUUAAGUAAAAAGCUUUUUAAUGUAUCUAGUAUUUUAACAUGCUUUCCUUUUCUUCUACCAAGUUCACUCGAGCAAAGAAAGCAAGUUAUCAUAAAUGUAAAGACGAAAUAUUGGCAUAUAUAUAUAUAUAUAUAUUUGCUUCCCCAGAAUGCUGGGUAGGCA